CAUUUGUCUUCCUGGCUGCCUGAUUUUUCAUCUGCAGCUGAAGCUUCAACCAGCCAAUGAUCAUCCUUCAUGACUCCGACGGUUGAUAUUGACCAGCUUCAUCCUCCAGGCUGAAAGCAAUCUAUAUCUCCUCCCUCCCUACCUGGCUUGUCGCUUGUUUCGGGACUGACAUGACACGUCUCAACCUACUGGCGUCCACCUGUGACAAGAGAUAGCAAUCCGCCCUGAUCAGGCACUUUGCAGGCACUGUUUUACACCUGAGCUCGACCCGAACGUUGAGCAGAAGUCAUGAGCGCCGCUGGGCCGCCGCCCGCAAAGGCAUUCUCCUGCAUUCGGUGCUUUGAGCGCAAAGUCAAAUGUGAUAAGCAGAGCCCCUGCUCGAAUUGCGUCAAGUCCAAAGUCGAAUGUAUCUUCCGCAUUCCACCAGCUCCUCGCCGCAGGAAGAAGCGCACUCAAGAGGACCUGCUGCUGGCCCGACUCAAGAAAUGCGAAGAACUCCUCAAGAGCAAGGGCAUCGACAUCGACACCGAAGUCACUCCCACGGUGCCCUCCGUAUCGACAACCUUUGAGAGUCCUUCCGGUUCGCAACCUAUAGGCUCCCCACAGCAACUGAGCCCGGACGCAGAAAGCGUGCUCGCAAAGCAGCGCGAAAUCUUUGCGGCAUACCCGCCCGAGCUCCAAAAAUCCGGGCAGUUGAUUGUGGACCAGGGAAAAUCCCGCUUUAUUGAAAACCCUCUCUGGGCAAGUCUCUCUGAGGAGUUUCGAGAACCAAACGAAGCAAUCGCCGAGUAUUCCGAGGACGAAGAUGAAAUCGGUUCUCCUAUCGAGGAGAACACCGAUUUCAUUCUCGGAUAUACCCCCUCUAGCAAUCCAGUCCAACAAUUGCACCCCUCGCCGAACAACAUCCUUAUCCUAUGGCAAAUAUUCCUGGACAACAUCAAUCCUAUGACCAAACUGGUCCACCAACCAACCCUUCAGAAGACAUUCGUCCAAGCCUCCUCGCAGCUCGAUAACCUACCGCGGGGUCUCGAGGCACUGAUGUUCGCAAUUUAUAGUUCAGCUGUCUAUUCGAUCGACGAUGACGAGUGCGAAAUGAAGCUCGGCGAGCCUCGCAAAAUUGUUCUCGCGAGAUAUCGGCAUGCGACCCGUAAAGCCCUUGCCCGAGCGAGAUUCAUGGCAACAUCGGAGCUGGUGGUUCUCCAGGCCUUCUUCCUCUACCUUUUGACGAUGCGCGAAGACUACGAUGCGCGAACCACUUGGACGUUGGCCGGCGUGGCGAGCCGUAUCGGGCAGGGUAUGGGACUUCAUCGAGACGGGACAAGUCUUGGAGUUUCGCCAUUUGAGACCGAAAUGCGCCGGCGUCUGUGGUGGCAGAUCACCACUUUGGAUUUUCGGUCAGCAGAACUCAGUGGCUCUGGCCGAUCCGGCGAUUUCUCCAUGUCUGAUACUCUGGUACCAAGCAACGUCAACGAUGAAGACAUCUACCCAGAUAUGAAGGAGCCGCCGGUCCCUCACACUCGACCUACGGAAAUGAUAUCCUGCCUUCUGCGCUGCGAGUUGGGCAACUAUUGGAAGGAGAAGUUCAAGCAGAGGUCGAAUGUUGCCCUUGAGCAUCUUCGCAUUGACUCGCCUUUUACAAGUUACCUAGAGGAGAGAGAUGCUUUUAUCAACGAGCUAGAGCAGCGUCUAGAGGAGAAGUUUUUGAGAUACUGCGACCCAUCCAAUCCCAUACAAUUCAUGGCUAUCAUAAUCGGGAGAGGGGCAAUCAACAGCAUGAGGCUUAUGGCCCACCAUCCCCGCAAAUGGGCCAAAGAGACAGACGUUCCCCCUGCAGAAAAAGAGUACCUCUGGAACGUCUCAAUGAACCUUCUCGAAGGCAUCAAUUUGGCACAUUCAUCCAAACAAUUGCGGAGGUUCAUGUGGCACACCAGAGUCUUCUUUAUAUGGCAAGCUUUCAUCUACAUUCUCAACGAACUCAAAGAACGCACACUUGGCGAUGAAGUCGACAAGGCAUGGCAAGAGAUCGACGAGAUCUACCGACAUCAUCCUCACUUUGUGUCGGACUAUAAGAAGCCGCUGCAUGUCGCAGUAGGAAGUCUUUGUCUCAAAGCCUACAGUGCAAGAGAGGCCGCGCUUCGCGAGACUACCAAUGGUGUUUUCCCAAAAGUAACACCGGAGUACAUCAAGCUGCUCCGUGAGCAGCGCGAAAGUGGACCGCUCAUGCGCGCAACGACGACUGCCGCCACCUCGUCAAACAAGGCACCCAAGACUGUCGAUAACGCGGCUGUUUCUGCGGCCAGGAGUGAACAAUAUUCGACGAUGCCGGGGUGGGAAAACCAGCCCUUGCCAGAACAGUCGACCAGCAACUACAUGGCUCCUCAAUUCCCUGCGAGUGGGUUUCCUAGCGGCGCGGGCGUCCCGCAUCAGCUCCCACUCCCAGCGUUCCAGCCCAUCCCGACGCCCCUUGCGGGAGACGGUGUCAUGCUCGCAUCAGAGCCCAAUUUUGCUCAGGAUCUGGACGUUGGAGACAUGCCCAUGGAUUGGGCACAGUGGGAUAUGAUGAUGCAGGACUUUGACGGCCAGAUGGCGUAUCGCGGCUAGGUCAGGUGGAGAUUUUCAUCUCUUUGCGGUUUUGUACGAUCAUUUAGGAACGGGGAGAGGCAUGGGCUGGGCUAUACACGACCCGAUGUACGAGCUGAAGGCAGAUAUGUAUGACUAGGGACGAUGAUGAUAAACUUCGCUCAACAACCUUGCGAGAAGGGAGGAAUGGAACACGUGAAUUUCUGU